AUGUCUUUUGAAUGUCCUCAAGAAGUUAUUGGUGAUUUGGAAAAAUUACUUACUGAUGAAGAAUAUGAGGAAUAUGAUGUUAUCAUCCGUACAGGAGAAAAUGAAAAAGAAAUACAUGCACAUUCAUUUAUAUUACGUAUAAGAUCUCAAUAUUUUCGUACGGCAUUCUUUAAUAAGUUAUAUGAGAAGAAGGAUGGAAAAUUUAUUUUUAAAAAACCUGACAUUCCACCUCAAUUAUUUGAAACAAUUUUAAGAUUUAUUUAUUGUGGAAAAGUUGAUUUAACGAAAUUACAGGGACUAGAUAUUCUAAAACUUUUGAUGGUAGCGAAUGAAAUUAACAUUCCAACCCUAAUCCACUAUAUUCAAGAAUACUUGACUAAACAUCAAUACGAAUUUUUACAACAAAAUCCUAUCGAAAUUCUUGAAACAGUAUAUCAAUAUGAGACUUUUACUCAAUUACGGAAUUUUUGUCUCGAAAAGAUUUGUGUGGAACCAGACAUAUUAUUUAAAUCUGAUCAAUUUAUUAGUCUAAAAGCGCCUUUAUUAGAAUUAUUUUUAAAACGUGAUGAUUUGUUGAUGGAUGAAAUCAUUAUAUGGGAAAGUUUAAUUAAAUGGUGUUUGGCCCAACAUACUAAUAUUUCACAAGAUCCUACACAAUGGAACAAAGAAGAAAUCAUAAUUAUGGAAAGAGCUAUUCAUAGAUUUAUUCCAUUAAUAAGAUUUUACUAUAUCUCUUCGAAAGAUUUUGUUACUAAAGUAUAUCCUUUUAGAGAAAUAAUGCCAAAAGAUUUAAUUAGUAAUAUACUCAUAUUUCGUAUGGCUCCAGAUGAGAAAAUAAACGUAGAUAUACAUGUACAACCUCCUAGACAAUUAACAAAUAACAUCGAUUCCAUUAUAAUUAAUCAAAAACAUGUUGCAAUUUUUGCAAAUUGGAUUGAUAGAAAACUAUGUAAAUUCAAACUUUUAUAUAGAGCUAGCAGAGAUGGUAAUACAAAUACCGCUUUUCAUGAAAAAUGUGAUAAUAAGGGAGCUACUAUUGUUAUAGUAAAAAUUAAAAAUUCGGAACAAAUAGUUGGAGGAUAUAAUCCACUUAAUUGGGAUUCAAGUGGCGAAUAUAAAUUAACUUAUGAUAGCUUCUUAUUCUCAUUUACGGAUAGAAAUAAUUUUCACAGCGCGAAAGUAGGUUAUAGUUAUGGUGAUGUACGCCCUAUAGGUUGUCAUGGCAGUCAUGGUCCAAUUUUUGGUUAUAGUGAUCGUGGAAAGGAUUUUAAUUUUUAUGGGAAGACUUGGUUUAGCGAUGUGAAUCAUUGUUAUCCUAAUGUAGAUAUACCAAAAAAUUUUAAAGCAGAUGAUUAUGAAGUUUUUCAAGUUAAUAAAAAUUAG